CUGCAGUCGGGAGGAGGGUGGGUGUGGCCGCGAGAGAGUCGAGGUCACAGUCCCUUUAAAGGCCUGGGGAGAUGUCGAAAUCUCCGGUCGAGGGAUCGAGGACUGCCAGACAGACGUGUGCCAGCGACCUUUGCAUGGGUGGAGUCAGGGCCUCGGGCCGGGAGCGUAGGGCUCCCAAACUGACAGUUCAGGGAGGAGCCAACCCACCUGAGCUAGAGUGGGGAGCCUGGACGGACGCGGCAGAAGCCCGAAGGUGAAAACGAGGCUGCUGGCUUGGCGGAGAGGACAAGGGAGCACCUGGAGAAGGAUCGGAUCCGACCGCCCCGACCCACCACCUGGCCAGGUGGCAUCUACCUUCUGCCCUGCCUCCGCCACCAAACCCUUCCGCAGCCAUGGAGCUCCCCGCACUCUCCGGAAAGGUCGUCGCCUUCUCCCUUACCGCCUUUCCUGUUUGCUACACCUUGAACCACCUCUCCGAGCUCUCCUAUCCCUUGAGUGUGGCUAUCCUGUGUGCAAUGAUCCUGAUUCUACUGUUUGUGGCCAUCGGCAGCCUGGCCCAGGGAGAGAUCUCUCAUGACCCCCUUUUUGCUGUGUUUGCCAUCUUAUCCUUCUCCUCCCUCAUCGACUUAUUCAUUGCUCUUCAGGAGGAUGACUAUGGGAUGGACUUCAUGGAAUUCUACACUCGGGGGAGGGAGCCAUACCUUCGCACAGCUCAUGGGAUUCUUAGCUGCUACUGGGAUGGCACCAUCCACUAUCUGCUCUACCUCACCAUGACAGGGGCCAUUGCUAACAGGAAGAGGUAUAGAAGCGCCGGCCUCUACUGGCUGGGAUCAAUGGUCAUGAGCAUCAUGGUUUUUGUCCCAGGAAAUAUCCUUGGCAAGUACAGCUCUGAGCUCCGACUCUCCUUCUUCCUUAACAUUCCCUAUAUGUUAAUCCCUUGCUGGGCUGGUCUACACCUCUUCCACCAGGACAAGGGCCCUACAAGCUACACAACUAAGAUGAUUGCUGAAGAGCACAAGAAAGGGCUGCUCCAAAGACCCUGGGACCUGGCUCUGUUUAUCUAUCUGCUCUUGGCAGGACUGUUUACCAUUUUCCGUGGCCUGGUGGUCCUAGACUGUCCUACAGAUUCCUGCUUCACCUAUGUGUAUCAGUAUGAGCCAUACCUGCGGGACCCUGUGGCCUAUCCCAAGAUCCAGAUGCUGGUGUUCCUGUUCUAUGCCCUGCCUUUUUUCAUCCUGGCUGCUUAUGGCCUCCUUUGGCCUGGCUGUACUUGGCUCCCAGACUGGGCCCUGGUGUUUGCAGGGGCCAUGGGCCAGGCCCAGUUCUCCCACAUCGGUGCCUCUAUGCAUCUUCACACCCCCUACCCCUACCGAACCCCUGAAGAUGUCUGGUCCUUCCUCAUGAUCCUCAACCUUCUCUAUGCGUUGGGUAUCCACCUCCUAGCCUACCGUUGCCUCCGAUGGCCAGCCUUCUUCCUGUGUCCCUCAGCCCUCAGCCAGGAGGAAAAGAACAAGAAAGACUGCUGAGAGGGUACCACCUGACUAAGAGCUGCUGGGACCUCCACCCACCUCCCUGAGGGCCAGCCUCAUUUCCCUCACUCUGGUUAUUGAAUCUUCAAAUCUCACAAUUUAAAAUGACCUCAGAAGUCAACUAUCCCAGCCCUGCCUGAUAAAGAAUCCCCUUUACAAGAUUGCCAACAAAUGGUCAUCCCAUCUCUGCUUAACUCUCUGGUGAGGGUAAACUGACUACCUCAAAUGCAGCUGAUCCCAUUUCUGGACAGCUCUAAGUGUUAGGAAGAUUUUCUUUCCACUGAGUAUUUUCCCUCCAAGGUCUGGAGUGCUGAGCCCCAAAUCUGCCAAUCUGGACCUUCUACUCCUGGUUCCAUCCUUUGAGCCCCAACAGAACAAUUCUAUCCACUUCUUCCAUGUGACAGCUCUAGUUCCUUCAAGUGAUUUUUAUAUAUCAUGGUCUUCGGUUAUGGUCACUCUCCCCAUGAUCCAUCAGUUGUUGUCUUAGAUCUGGACAGAAGCCUCCAAGGUUGGUCUUUUCCUACCACCAGUGGCAGAGAGCAUUGAGCCACUCACCUUCUCCAUCUUUUCUCUGGUCUGAUCUCUGAGAUGGGAGUGUGUGCAUGGGGCAGCCUGGAGGAACUGAACUCUGGAGAUCCUGGCGGCUGAGAGACACCCCCUGCCCAGUCUAACUCUCCCCUCUCAAGCCCUCUUGCCUAAGGUUGGGGGUCUGGAUUCCCAAAGCAACCACAAGCUGUGAAAACAGAUCUCUCAGGUCCUAUGAUAACAAGCCACAGUUUAUACAGCUAACUAUAAUGUUGUUGUUGGGGCUUUUAAGCACCUUUCUGUGUGAGGAGCGGGGAGGAAAACCCUACAAAAUAGAGCUGAAUGAAGGUUUGGGUGACAGGGAAGUGAGGGUAGAAGAGAAGAAUGAUCUUGUCAGACCUCCACGGGAAGGUGAGGGACCCAAUUGUGACUUGGAUAAACACAGAAUUACAGAAUAUCCAAACUGAAAAGGACCUUCAAUAUUACCUAGUCCAAACCUCUCAUUUAACAAAUGGGGAAAUGGAGGCUUAGGGAGGGGAAGGGAUUUACCCAAGGUGUCACAAGUGAGAAACUAGCAGAUUUUCAAAUCCAGAUCCUCUGACUCUAGGUCCACUAUUCUAUUUUGCUGGAAAGAGAUCUUGAUCUUUUUGGAGGAAAAGCCAGAUAUCAGGAAAACAAUGAUCAAGAAAAGGGAAUAUGAGGAACAGCUGAGAGUGGGUGGGCUCAGCAUGGACUCAGACUCACCUGCAGGCUAGCAGGACCCCCACAGGACUAAAAAUGGCCUGGAUGAACAGUGUGGUGGAUGGAGGUCUCCAUACCAGAAGAACCAGAGGAACAGUUUUCAAAGUGGGAUUCCUCCUCCUCGUGCCUGGGUUUGCAUCAUCUGUAAAGACUUCAUGCCUUUGUCAUUCUUGUUUUCUGUAGUAAAUUGACUUUUCUUGAACAAAGA